UGUGAAACCAUUGAGAUUGGUUUGGAAAUUGAAGUUGAAAUGAAGGUUAUGACAUUAUGUUGGAAAGAUGGCAAGUUAAGUUAUAUUGUGUUUAUAGUGAUUGUUGUUGUUGUUGAUGUUGCUGUUGGGUUGUUGUUGAUUGUUUUGGCCGAGUUGAAUUCUCGGGGAUGUUAUAUGUAUAGGGGAAGUGCUGCCGAAAUUUCGGUAGACAAAUAUAAAGUUAAGUGAAUUCUUAAAGUCUUGUAAUUCCUAAUUGGUAACUUUGACCAUUUGUAGAUUCGGAGUGAAACGGGAUUUGAGUUUUGGCGAACGUAAGACGCAUAUAAGGUACCGACGACAGGUUUGCUGAGCCGUCCGCUUAGGAUCUUAUUCUCCUAUUUUGGAGCGCUCUCUUAUCCAGAGCCCAUCUUUUGCCAUGCCUCCGAAGAAAGCGACAGCUGCCCAGAAGGGCAAGUCAGUAGCAGCCGGAGAGACUAGUCGGGCUCAGAAAGUCACUCGGACCCUUGCUCAAAUUAUGCAAGAUACUGCGCCCCGGCCAACCGACUCUACUACAUCAUCAUCAUCGGAGGAGUCUGGAGCAGCAGCCGCUGCCACUAUGGAUCAGGGGGCGGCUUCACCAGUAGCUCCAGAGGUUCCAGUACCUGAGCCUCCAGCUCCACAGCGAGGGGCUGAGGAUCGGGCUAUGAGAGAUGCGGUCCAGUUGUUGACCAGACUGGUAGCAGGGCAGGUUCAUAGGCACGGACUUGGGGAUGGUCGUGCAGACAGACGUGACAGUUCGAGAGCUCGUGAGUUCCUGACCUGUAAUCCUCCAGAGUUCUUCGGGACAAAGCCCGAGGAGGAUCCUGAGGAGUUUAUCAGGAAGAUGCGGCGCACUUUGCAUUUGAUUAAUGCUUCCGCGACAGAGUCAGUCACGUUGGCUUCGUACCGGUUGUAUGAUGUAAUUUAG